AUGGCGUCCGACCCCGUCAGCGCAUCAUGGCAUCCCGCCCUGAUGCCAAACUCGGCCGCCCAUAACUUCUCCUCGCAUCCCCAGCCAGACGUCUCGCCAGAUACCCAGCAAACAGAGUCAGAACCCGAGCCCGCUGUAGAACAAGCGCACCCCCAGGGGCCAGAAGAGACCUCCGGCCACACGAUACCCAAUGACACCACGUCGACAGAGCCGGCGAGCGAAGGCGCAUUCCUCGAUCAACUAGCCGCCGAUGAUGAUGAAGUCGGUGGUUGGGAUCUGUCGAGUCCUGUAGCCGGCGACGCGACAGCUGCUACGGAAGAGCCGGUGCUAGAUCCCGAAGCCGCCCUUGCCGAAGAGAUACCUGUCGCCGAGGAGACUGCUGUACCCCCGGAGUCAGUCAUGUCUACUGAGCCGGACGCAGCACCCGCCGCACCCGCCGCCAAUGCCGCCAAACACUCCAGCACCGUCUCCUUCGCGCGGACCGUGUCGCACGAGUUCAACUGGAACGACGACGACGAUGCCGAGUGGAAUCUGCAGCGCACCGACACCGACCCUUUCAAGUUCAUGCCUGCCAACGAGCGAACCAACUCGUUCCCCGUUGUGCCAUCCGCCCCGUCGCCCGAGAAUGAACAACCACUGGACCACGCGAUCCCUGCGACUCAGGCAGAAGAAAUCAUGCAGGAGGUCGAGCAAGAGGCUCACCACGAGGAGUCUGCUGCGGAUGAGCCAGAGUUCUUACGAUCCUUCGAUGACGGCCCGGCUGCCGGGCAAGAGCAGCACGAGGACUCGUUCUUCCAGCAGCAAUCCCUGGGCGGCGACACGGUCGGUCCUGAGCAAGAAGCUUCGGAUGCUCGCUUUGAGGAAGGCCUACCUCUGAUUCCGCACAACGAAGCCGAAGAACCUAUCCCCGCCGAGGAGGACUCGAAACUACCGGGUUUUGAUGACACGUUCGCCGAUGAAGCACCGGGCGACGACUUUUUCAGUCAGAUCCAGGAGAACCAAACCCCAGAUGACCCGAGCCCGGCAUUGCAGAGAAAGGACACCAGCAUGUUCAUCGAGACCACUGCCAAUGCGGCCGUCGAACCAGAUACCCCCGUCAUACCCGAAACCGACAAUUCACAGGCGGAUUUCAUGAAGCAGGAGGCUGACAGAGCUGCCACCGAGGCCGGCGCCACCGAGGCCAGUAGCCUAGAAGAAUCCAAGCCCGGCGAGUCAAACGAACUGGAUGCCAAAUGGGCUGCUGCUUUCGAAGGAGACGACGAGGACGAAUUCCUCCUGGAAGACUCUGCAGACAAGGAGAUCGACCCGGCGGCCUUCUUUGGAAGUGAUGACGAGGGCUUCUUGGAGGAUGAGGACGACGCGCCUGUGGCCGCACCCGCUACCUCCCAGCCUGCUUCAACUCAGGCCCCGACUGCACCUAUCACCGGACGCUAUACGCCAGCCGCGCUACCAUCUCCAGCCCAGCCGGUCUUGAAUACGUUCAACGCCAUCCCGGCUCCUUCAGCGACACAGCAAGGCUUGGCAGCCCAUCCGCCGCAAUAUGGAGUUUCAACAUUGGCAUCCCCUAUGGGACAGGCAUAUGGAGCUCCGGCCACGAGACCUGAAGUCUCCAAAGCCCAGAGCUUCGUGGACAAGAAGGGCGGAUAUUCUUCACCGUAUGACCUGCCGAUGGAUGUAGUGACUGCUCCGCGAAAGCGCGUUAGUAUGCAGCAGCUGCCGCGGGCAAACCUUGCUCCGUCGGCGCCGCCUCCUGGGCCGCCCGCACGAGCAGCGAGUAUGUAUUCGCAACCAUCGCCUACAAUGGGGUCUUCGGGAUCCGUCCCCACGCCACCGACAUCAAGCCAUUCUAAUCAGCCAGUUCCCGGGCUCAAGCCGGCGCCACAGCUGACAUCCAAGUCGGGCUUCUUUGAAGAUCUCCCCAUGACCUCCAAACCUCGGCCUGCUUCGCGCCAGAAUAGCCUGCCCUCUCCACAGCAGACUGCCUACGCGCAAUCACUCCAAGGGCCCCCAGUGCGACCUCCCCAGGGGGUGCCUAUGGGACCACCUCCUAUCCCGCCCCCGAUGGCUUCUCCUGUCCAGCAGCAACCUGCCGGACUAGCUGGUCUAGUCCCCCCCGAGCAGAUGAGUCCCUAUUCUCAGCUUCAAUCGAAUGGGCCCCAGCAAGCGACUGCACCUGCAAGCAAUCGGUACUCUCCUGCGCCCGGUCAGGGGCCGACAACCAAUGGCAUGUCGCCUCCCACAGCGGCGACCAGUCGAUAUUCCCCAGCUCCACCGAGCCGCUCGAGCAGCGGCGCGUAUUCAGCUGUCCCUCCCCCGAUUUUGGCCCAUCAACCAAGGACGUCAAGUCCGUUGGCUCACUUUGAGAAGUCGCAAGAUCCGUCUCAAAAGCUUCCGAGUCCCGGUGCUGGCCAAGGGGCUCCCUUGGCAAGAAGUGUGUCCUCCCAGUACGAGCCUCGCCUUACGAGGGUGCCAUCGUUGCCUCCUACCAGGGAAGUCGAGGAGGAUGGUCCGACUGUUUUGAUGCAAUCUCCACCACCGAUGACCAGACCUCAUGUUCCUUCGGCUGAGUCUAGAUACAGCCCUCAACAAGCGCGGAGAACCCCUCCACCAGUCCUUUCUCCCGCAAGCAGCACUUUGUCGCCGCCGAAACGCAUGAUCUCAAAUUACGCUCCAGGCCCAGUUCCCCAGGCCACCGUUCCUGCUAACCAGGUCAAUUUCGCACCGCCUCCUCGCUCCCAGACACAGUCUCCAGGCUCACUCUACGGCAGAGCCUCACCCACGAAACCUGCCGAUGCAAUUCCUAGGCCGUCUUCCGCGCAGGGGCCAACCUCGCCAAGGGCCCCUCCUCAAUCUCAGCCUGCACGGCCGCCAGUUACUCGUGCUCGCGGCAUGUCACAGGCCCUGAACUUGGUCGCCCCCACGGACGGGCGUGAGCUUGAUCCAUUGACACGAUGGAGGGGUGCACCGUUAAUUUCUUGGGGUGUGGGUGGUGCUAUGGUCACGUCUUUCCCGAAAGAUGUUCCUCGAUAUGGCAUGAACCAAGCCCUGCCUAUGAUACUCCGGAGCCCCGGUGAAGUCAAUAUCAAGCAUGCCAAGGAUGUCCAGCUGAUUGAGGAGCGCAUCACCAAGUUCCCCGGUCCAUUGAAGGGCAAGUCAAAGAAAAAGGAGACAGUUGCCUGGCUUUCGCAAGGUAUUGAAACUCUGGAGAGUGCUCUACCGAAUGCUGCAUUCCAGCAAUAUGUAUCCCAUGAAGACAAGAGAGCCGUCGAAAGAGUUCUUCUCUGGAAGAUCCUCCGCCUUUUUGUCGAGAAUGACGGUGUGCUCGAAGGAAACCCUGCUGUAGAAAAGGCUGUGCGCCAGGUUUUGUCCCCUGAGCUCGAAGAUACAAAUGGCGAGCUCGCAUCCCCGAUCAUGACGGCUGGCGAUCUACACGGUAUUUCUGCUUUGGCAGGCAUGCAAUCGGAUGCGGUGGACUCAUCGGCUAUGGAGCAAAUUCGGAAAUUCCUACAGCUUGGAGACCGCGAGAAAGCUGUUUGGGCCGCUGUUGACAAGAGGCUAUGGGGGCAUGCCAUGCUCAUCUCCAACACUGUGCAAGGUGACCUGUACAAGCAGGUAACACAGGAGUUCAUUAAAAAGGAGGUCAAUGACUCAAGCCGUAGCAACCAGUCACUGGGCGCGCUCUAUGGGGUUUUGUCGGGUAACCUCGAAGAAGCGGUCGAUGCACUGGUACCAAGCCAUGCUCGUGCAGGACGCCAGCUGAUGUCAACAACCUCUGGUAACUCUACUGACGCUCUCGCCGGGCUUGAGAAAUGGCGAGAAACUCUUGGCUUGGUAUUGAGCAACAGAAGUGAAGGUGAUAUCGUGGCUCUGACCUCACUGGGCAAGCUCUUGUCCGAGUACGGCAGAGCUGAAGCCGCGCACAUUUGCUUCUUGUUUGCCCGAAAGCAUGCCGUAUUUGGCGGGCUGGACGACCCUAAUGCCAACUUCGUCCUUGUUGGUGCCGACCAUCGUCGCCAGGCCGAUCAAUUCGCCAAGGAGAUUGAACCACUCCUGCUGAGUGAAGUCUACGAGUACGGCCUUGCCCUGUCCGGGUCGAACACCCAACAAAGCUGCCCUCACCUUGCCGGCUACAAGCUCCAGCAUGCUAUGACACUUGCUGAAUACGGCUCAAGGGACAAGGCUCUUCAGUACUGCGAGGCAAUCAUGACUUCCAUCACAGCUCAGACCAGGCGGUCGCCCUACUACCACCCUGGUUUAAUGUCUUCUGUGGACGAUCUUAUGGUGAGGCUCAAACAGUUGCCCAAGGAGGGUUCUUCGUCUUGGCUACCCAAGCCUAGCGUGGAAAAGGUCUCUAGCACCAUGUGGGACAAAUUUAACAAGUUUGUUGCUGGCGAUGAUGCUCAGAGCUCAGGACCUGGGUCCCCUGGAGAGCCUGGCUUGGAGACCGGCCCCUUCGCUCGCAUUGCUGGUGGUACGCCCACUAUUAGUCGCUCCCCAUCUGCCAGCAAUUUCGAGUCGUUUGGAAACACCGGACCUUCGCCUGUCAUUCCAGCCAACAAGGCAUCUUCCCGCUACGCCCCUAUUAGUGGUCAACCUACCGCAGCCUUCGAGAACAGUUCUGCCUAUGCCCCAAGGUCAUCGAUGGAACGUUCAUCGGGCGAGUACCAACGCAGCUCAUAUGAAUUACCGAGGCCAGCGUCAGAAGCAGCGUCUCCAAUGUAUGGCGCCUCCGUCGAGAGUAACUCCAUGGCCACCUUUGGUUACCAACCUGUUCCGAGUGCUGGCAUUCAGGCGUCUGCGUCUCCCUAUGCGCCCAACCCGCCGGCUGCUACCCCUUCGGCUCCUCCGUUUUCUUCGACCAACUCAUACUCUCCGUACCAGCCAAUUCUUCCGCAAGAGUCUUCACCAGCAAAUACUACCCAAACUCCUGAAGACAACCCUGAAAUCGCGGUCAACGACGUCACUGCGGAUACGGGUUACCAGGCUCCCUCAUACGGCUAUGAGCCGCCUACAAUGAACUCAUUUGACCACGCACAGCCACAGAUCGAUGAGCCUGCCAGUGCCACUACAGUAACGCAGGAUAAGGUGAAUGAAAGUGGUGGUGGUGGUGGUGGUUGGGAACCCCCAACCUACCAGCCUUUCUCAUAUGAGCCCCCAUCAUCGUCGUAUGAGCCCGAUCCCGAGGACGGCGAGGCAGAUUCAGAGAAACCCAAGCCCAAGAAGAGUUUUAUGGAUGACGAUGAUGACUUCCCAUCGAUGAAGCCCGCAGCAUCAGCAUCUUCGAAGAGUGAGAAGGACAAGGAAAACGAGGAGAUGUUCCGUAAGGCUGCGGAGGAAGAUGCGAAACGUGCAGAGGCGGCCAAGGCACAGAAGAAAGGCUGGUUUGGCGGUUGGUUUGGUGGAGAGAAGAAGAAGGAGGCUGAGAUGCCCGGCGCGAAAGCCGUCCGUGCCAACCUCGGUGAAGCCAGCAGCUUCGUCUAUGACCCCGAUCAGAAACGCUGGGUCAACAAGAAACCUGGUGCCGACAACGCACCGGCCAAGACUGCCACUCCUCCACCUCCACGCUCUGCCUCGAGGAACGGUACUCCGCCGCCACCUGGUGGAAGCAGCAGCGCCCCGCCUCCCUCGCGUGGUGCCGGCACACCACCCCCGCCCCCUGGUGGUGCAUCCCCGAUGGGCAUUCCGCGCAGUGUCAGCAACCUGACCAAAAUGGCAUCCAACGAUAGUCUGGCACCCCCUGGCCCGGCGCUCGGCGGCCCACCCGCCAUGUCGCGAAGCUUUAGUAACAUGAGCAACGUGAGCAACGUGAGCAGCGACAGUGCACCUCCGGGGCCCGCUGGUCCUCCAAGCGCCCCGCCGAGCCGUCCGGCCACGAGCCUCAGUAAUGCCAGUAGCAUUGACGACUUGCUGGGUGCCGCAGGACCCCGCAAGGCUGGCAAGAAGCCCAGGAAGAGCGGGCGUUACGUAGACGUUAUGGCCAAAUAA